CCGGAGUACUCUGUAAUAUCAUAACCACUAUCAACCGGCCUACUAUAUAUAUCAUGCUUAAUUUCUUAUCAAUGAACUUGACAACAAGAAAUUGAAAGCUUCUUUACUUUAAUUCUCCACACACAAACAAGAUGCCUAAGCCCAUCAAUUCCAAGCUUCAAAUUGCCAUGUUCCCAUGGUUUGCCUAUGGCCACAUGAUACCAUUCCUCCAACUUGCCAAUGAAUUUGCUAAGAGAGGUCACGCCAUUUCCUUCUUACUCACCAAGAAGGCCCUCCAAAAAUUAGCUAACAACAAUCUUUACCCUCAUCUUAUAACCCUUCAUCCCCUCACUCUCCCACUUGUCCCUGGCCUGCCCCCCGGUGCCGAAACCACGGCCGAAAUGAAAGACUCUUUCAUCCUCUUGCAAGCCAUGGACGGGACCAGGGAGCAGGUCCGAGCGAUUCUCGAGAAGCAAAAGCCCAACUUUGUUUUCUUUGACGUCGCUGAUUGGGUGGUAGACUUGGGCUCGGAGCUUGGGUUCAAAACCAUUUAUUACAAUGUACUAAGUCCAACCAUAUCAGCACUUAAGCUAAUAAGCUCUACUUCUCAUGCAAAGCCCAUCACAACGGCUUAUAUGAUGGAGCCUCCGCCAGGGUACCCUACUUCUAAAGUCUUUUUCAGAGAGUAUGAGGCCCGAAAUCUAGCAUAUUUUGCGAAUUCCUUUUGGGAUAACACUGUGAAGCUUUUUGGACGUGUUGCCACAGGAAUGAGGAACUGCGAUUUAUUAGCAAUGAAAACCGUGAAGGAAUUGGAAGGGACUUACUGUGACUACUUUUCCGCUCUAUAUAGAAAGCCCGUCCUCUAUACCGGCCCGGUCUUGCCCGAACCCAAAGCAGAGCCAUUGGAAGCCGAAAUCAAGAACUGGCUCGAGAACUUCAGCCAUGGUUCGGUGAUUUUCUGUGCGUUUGGGAGCGAAUGGGUUCUUGAGAAAACCCAAUUUCAGGAACUCCUUUUGGGGUUGGAAGAAACGCAGCUGCCAUUUCUGGUAGCUCUUAAGCCACCAAAGGGGACAAGCACAAUAGAAGAGGGCUUGCCAGAGGGGUUUCAGGGAAGGGUCCAAAAGAGAGGGAUGGUUUGUGGGGGUUGGGUCUCACAAGAUCUGAUUUUGGGGCACAAAUCAGUUGGGUGCUUUGUGAAUCACUGUGGGUAUGGUUCAAUGUGGGAAGGAUUGAUGAAUGACUGUCAGUUAGUGUAUGUGCCCAAUUUCUUUGACCAAUGUUUGAACACAAGGCUUAUGGUUGAAGAGCUCGAAGUAGCUGUUGAAGUGGAGAGGGAUGAAAAUGGGGGGUUUUCAAAAGAGAGUAUUUGCAAGGCGGUUAAGUCAGUGAUGGAUGAUGAUAGUAUGGUUGGUUGCUUGGUAAGGGAGAAUCACAUGAAGUGGAAGGAAGUCUUAAAUAGUCCUCGGUUCUUCAUUGACUAUGUGGAAACUUUCAUCCAACAUUUGCAAGGGUUAUUAUUAGUUGAGUAGUUGAAAUUAUUUUCUAAAAUUGAGCUUAUGGUUUGCAAGAGCUUUCAUCACAUUGAAUAAAGGUAUAAUAAUAAUAAGACUAUAUGCUUUCAUUAAAUAAUAAGACUUAUUAAGAAAUUUUAGUUGCAAAUCAUCUAUUUGCAAGGGUUCUUUUAUUUGUGCAUUUUAUCUUUUUUUUUUAUUUAAGAAAUUUUCUAUGUAAUAAGUAUCGUAUGACACCCUGACACUCUAUUAAUGUUUUUUGAAAAAGAAUAUGAUUGCUUUUUACAGAAUAAUUUUAUGUGUGUAUGUUAGUUUUCCAUUGUUGACAUAAUAGAG